AUGGAGGCUGACUCGACAGUUAAGCACGCGGGCAAUCAGCGUGUCGACGAGGAACAGGUAGACUCUAGACGGAGUAGUGUGUCCUCUCUGCCCGCCACCUUUCAAAAGAUUCUUCGCUACGGACGGGUCGAAUCGCGCGGCAUCGAGCCGAUCCCAAUCGAAGAGCGCACGUCGACCCGGUACUACAACAUUGCGACAAUCUGGACGUCAAUCAACACAAACAUCAUCGGCAUCACCUUUGGCAUGCUGGGGCCCUUGGCGUACAACCUCAGCCUGCGAGACUCGGCUCUCGUCAUUCUUUUCUUUAACAUUCUUUCUUGCAUCAUUCCUGGAUACCUGUCAACUUUGGGACCGAAAACGGGUUUACGGCAAAUGAUCCAAGCCCGCUAUUCUUUUGGCCGAUACCUCGUUUCGAUACCGGUACUCCUCAAUUUGGCAACCAUGACUGGCUUCACUGUCAUCAUCUUCAUUACCGGUGGGCAGUGCUUGGCCGCCGUCUCCAACGGUUCAAUCUCCCCCACCGCCGGCAUUAUAAUUAUUGGCAUCAUAUCUUUGGUAGUAUCGUUCUGUGGAUUCAGGGUCUUACACAUCUUUGAGACAUACGCUUUCAUCGUUGCUUUUAUAGCAAUCACAAUCACUGCUGGAUGUGGUGGAGCAGGUCUUGCGAAACAAAGUUCGCCGUCCAAGCCGGCAACCGCUGCCAGCGUGCUCAACUUUGGCAUGAUUGUUGCAAGCUAUCAGAUUCCCUACGCUGGGUUGGCGAGCGACAUGUCGGCCUACUUCAAUCCCAAAGUUUCGACAUGGCGAGUGUACUGGUAUACCUAUCUUGGUCUUAUGACGCCCACCAUUCUUCUUAUGACCCUCGGCGCAGCUAUCGCCGGUGCUGUGCCGAACAACCCUGCCUGGCAAGAGCAAUACGACAAGUACCUUGUUGGCGGUGCUCUAUCCGGCAUGCUUGCCCCUGCCGGAGGCUUUGGCAAAUUUGUCCUAGUAAUUCUUGCGCUCACCCUUCUCGGAAACACCUGCGGCACAUUUUACAGCAUCACGCUCAACUUCCAGACGCUGCUUCCUUGGCUCUUUCGCGUGCCACGCUACGUGUUCGCCUUUAUUAUCACGGUCAUCAUAGUGCUUGUCUCAAUCUUCGCGGUCGACAACUUCUUCGUAAGCAUAGAAAAUGUGGUCGCGCUCAUCGGCUACUGGUCCUCGCAAUUUUGUGCCAUUGUCAUUGUCGAGGACGUUGUCUUUCGCCGCCGCAAUCCCAAGACCUACGAUCAUGCCGCCUGGUGCGACGCGAAAAGGCUUCCGCUUGGCAUUGCGGCCAUGAGUGCGGGACUGUUGGCCUGGGGGCUCAUUGUACCCGCGAUGAACCAGGUGUACUUUACUGGGCCUAUUGCAAAGCACACGGGCGAUAUUGGCUUCGAGCUUGCCUUUUUCGGCAGUGGUCUGUUGUACAUACCUCUGCGAUAUGCCGAAAAGCGUCUGUCUGGGAGGUAG